GUGCCUUCCGGUCCUUCCGUUUUGUUUCUGACCAUUUCUGUUCUGGUUCUGACUGAAAAACGGUUGUCAACAUUUAAUUAUAUCUGAGAUUACAAUUAUUCUUUGGUAUUGGUAUUCAAAAGUACGAGUAUUUUUGUAAUGGUCUGACUUAUAAUAAACGCUGGCAACUAUGUUGUCAGGAAGAUUUCCAACUUCAUGUCACGUCAUUCUUCCACUGAGGCUGACUGUAGUAGGAAUGAAAACUCAAAGCCAUCACCAACAUCAUAUUCAUCUCAAUAUCCACUGCCAAUGCACACCGUUCCUUUAAAUGAUACUAUGGAAAGCAAGGAUGGAAUAUCUGAAAAAAAAGACCCAUUUGUAUCUUGUGGAUCAUUGACCAAAGUUGCUUAUAUUUCUGCUUACUCCAGAAAGAGACCAAUACCACAAACAUGCGUCAAUCAAGAUGAAACAAUCAAACUGUAUGAAGUAAAAGAAGAAGAUGAAUCAGGAGAAAGACUGCAUUUUGUCAAAUUUGAAACCACUUUUAUUGAGACCUGUCUGGAUUUUCUUGAAGAAAACUUGUCAAAAGAUGCUGUUUUGUCAGAAAAACAUAUAGCAUUGAAAGUAACAGGAGGUGGUGCCUUCAAGUACCGAGACAUGAUCACUAAGAAGCUUGGUGUUAGAGUUGACAAAGAGGAUGAAAUGCAAUGUUUGAUAAGAGGAUGCAACUUUAUGCUUCACAAUAUUCCUAACGAAGUUUUUGAAUUUCGACGAGAUCAAACACCUCAAUAUGUGUUCAGACAUCUAUUGGGAUCAGAUUUGUUUCCUUAUUUACUUGUUAACAUUGGAUCAGGAGUCAGUAUACUGAAGGUAGAUUCAUUUGACAGCUUUGUUCGUGUUGGAGGGACCAGUAUGGGAGGUGGAACCUUUUGGGGUCUGGGUUCACUCCUCACCAGUGCCAAGGGCUUUGAUGAACUUCUUGAUCUUGCGAAAGGUGGACAGCAUUCAAACGUUGAUAUGUUGGUAAAAGAUAUUUAUGGAGGAGAUUAUUCAUCGAUUGGAUUACCGGGCGAUUUAACAGCAUGCACGUUUGGUAAAGCUGUAAGAUCUGCAAAGUCAGAUGAUGCGACUACUGACAAGGACACUCAGUUUUGUGGCAAGGACAUCGUAAAGAGUCUUUUACAUAUGAUCAGCAAUGACAUCGGACAGUUGGCCUCUCUUCAUGCCAAGCUUCAUGGCUUAAAGAGAAUCAUAUUUGGUGGAUUUUUCAUUCGUGGCUAUCCCAUCACGAUGCAUACAAUAACAUUUGCAAUCAACUAUUGGUCGAAGGGAAAACAAAAAGCAUUAUUCAUGAGGCACGAGGGAUAUUUAGGAGCAAUUGGGGCAUUCAUUAAAGGCGCUGAAGAUGAAACAGCCGCUAUUGGUUCAAGUUUUUUAUCGAAUUGGGGUGAAAAUUAUGCUGGUAGUUCUGGUUUGCUGACAAAGUCAUUUAAAACACCACAACCACAAUCUGGUAUGAAGUGUGAUGUAUUGGAGUUGGACAGAAUGGAUCGAGUAUUGCACCCGUUUCCACUGUUAUAUCAUCCAAGCAAAUAUCGUCCCGAUACUGAAGAUCUGACAGCCGAUGAGGCUGCGCGGGAAUACUGGUUAGAUUGCUUUGAAUCUGGUUUGCAUAUGGUUGUGUCGCGUGCCAUUGAAAGCCAAUCAGAGCAACCUGAUGUGAAAGAUAGAGCUGAACAGUUCGAGAACAAGUAUCUACAGCGAUUAAAGGUCUUGCGGAAGAAGCCAUUCGCGUACGGUAAUCUUACCGUCAGAAGUCUUUUGGACACGAGAGAACAGUUUCUCAACGAGUUCCAGUUUUCGGAUCCCUACGCUACGGUAAAACAGAAAGAAAACGAGGCUGCCCUGUUGAGUUUACCUCAAAGACUUGCAAAAUUGGACAAGUUGUCCGGAUAUGAAAAACAAUUUGAGAUCAUUGAAGGAAUUUUGGCUGGAAAUGUUUUUGAUUGGGGAGCCAAAGAAGUCGUAAAAUUAAUGAUGAAUGGUAACUUUGAGUUCGAAACCGCCAGAAAUAAUUUGUUAGCCAGACCUAACUGGCUACAUGACAAUGUUGACGAGUGGAUAGAAAGAUUAAAGGGUCGACCUCAUCGGAAAGCAGUAAUGUUUGUAGAUAAUAGUGGAAUGGAUAUAGUCCUUGGCGUAUUUCCUUUUGUAAAAGAAUUACUUUGUCGGGGAACUAAGGUAAUUCUUGCAGCAAACUCACUUCCUGCUCUAAACGAUGUGACCUAUGGUGAACUUCAGAUCAUCACUGAGAAAGUCGCUGCAAUUUGCCCGGAUAUAAAAUCAGCUGUAGAUGAAAAGAGGUUAAUCUUGAUGGAGUCUGGGAACUUUUCACCAUGUCUGGACUUAAGGCGAAUUGAUACUGUUCUCGCAGAAGCUAGCUCCGACGCAGAUUUGGUCAUUCUGGAAGGAAUGGGGCGGGCGAUACACACAAAUUAUGAUGCGUUAUUCACAUGUGAAUCUCUAAAGAUGGCUGUAAUAAAGAACAAGUGGUUAGCGAAGCGCCUCAAUGGUGAAAUGUACAGUGUCGUUUUUCAAUAUAAGGCCGGUGAAGUUCUCUCAAAGCCGUGAAAUGUGAGCAGGAAAAUUAUGUCCUCUGUCUUCCCGCGCGCUGAUUCGUUCGUUGCAUUUUGAUACAUACAUUAUAGAACAUUGGCAAUUGUUAAACUACUGCAAAUUUUUAGCGAUCAACUGGAACUGAUUUGACCAAAUUAGACUUUCGUUACACAUUGUAAAUUUGUAGUGGACUCUAAAAUUAUUUCGGCGAUCUUUAACCUUGUCUCCUCUAUCACAGCUGAAAUAUUUAAUCUGUGAAAAGCGCGUAUUUUGACCGGGACCAGGUGCGAAAAUAGAACGCUAGUUGGGGGGUGAGUAUUCAUAUAUUCUUUGAUUAUUCACACACACCCCUACUGAUUUGCUUUGAAAGCAAUUGUAAUUUGAUAAGAUAUCAACAGGGCAGAGUUGAAUCUAUGAAUAUUCACUCCCUUCCCUAAUCAGCGUUGUAGUUUUUUUCCUAAUCUGGACUUAGUACUCGUGUGUGUUACAUUUCAUUGAUUCUCGAGCAUAAAGCUAGCAGCAAUGUAAAUUAUAAAUUAUUGUGGACUGAAUUGAUGCUGCAUAAGGUAUACUAUAUUUAAUUUUGCUGUGUAUGGAUAAAUAAGUUCUCAAGUCCAUCCUGUCCUUUAUAUCCAGCGUUAAAUGCUACGAGUGUGUAUGUGUAAGUAUUCGACUGAAAGUUCCUUCGGCUUUAUCAUGUAAUGUUUAUUGUAAUAGAAUGAAUGGUUUGAA